AUGUUCAUCCUGACGAAAAUUGCGGACCUUGUCCAGAUUGCUCCCGAGGACUUCCACAAGAAGAGCAGCGAUGCCAUUGAGGACAACAUUAAUGCCAAAUAUGCGAACAAGGCAGGUGUGAUCCAAAAAAUCGGGCUUUGUAUCUGCCUCUAUGAUCUCUUGUGGGCAUCCGAAGGUCUGGUUCGCCAGGGCACAGGAAAUGCCAAUGUAAACGCCGAGUUCCGUCUUGUGGUCUUCCGGCCUUUUAAAGGUGAGGUAAUCAUGGCGAAAAUUUCAAAGUGCACGCCAGAAGGCAUCCACGUGCGCACUGAGUUCUUCAGCGACAUAUUUGUGGAAGCCGAGGAGCUGCCAGACGGGUGCCAGUUUGACCAUAAUGAGCAGCUUUGGGUCUGGAACAACGAUGAGACUGGGCCCAUGUGGUGGGACAUCCACGAGACGGUCCGCGUUGCCGUCAUUGGCGAGGAGUGGCACGACCAGACGCCAACCAAGCCUACCGUUGCGCCCGGCGAAGACCCUUCCGAGGAGCAGAGGAAGCCGCCGUACGUCAUCAAAGGGAGCAUGAAGAAUCCAGGCCUGGGAUGCACACUCUGGUGGGAGUUCUGA